AUGAAUUUUGCUAUGUGGAUUGUCUUGGAGUGGUACACAUUAUUCAUGAGCAAUGAGAGAUUUUGCAACUGCGUUGCCACCGAUCAGGACGAGAACGACCCUUCCUCACUCUGGCUCAACCCUUCUUCCUCUAUCGAAAUCAAGGACACCUCUAACGCUGUUGCACCUGCUUCAGCAAAUGCAGCAGUGAGAAAAACGAUGUCGUUCGAAACCCCUGGUUCCAGCACUCUAACAGAAACCCCUAGUGCCGCCGCAGCAGCUCACGUCCCCAACCCCAAGAACCAGGGUUUCUUCCCGAGGGAAUUAAACUUCUCCAACUCCUUAAAGCCCGAAUCCGGUGAAAUUAUGAGCUUCGGAGAGAGCAAGAAGAGCUCUUACAAUGGGAGUUACUUUCCCGCUGUAGCAGCUGAGGAGACCAACAAGAAGAGAAGGUCUCCUGUUUCUCGCAGCAACAUUGACGAUGGAAUGCUGUCCUUCACCUCCGGCGUCAUUCUACCGACUUUGAAUGUAAAAGCUCGUGGUGUUGCUGGGGGCGGUGAUUCCGAAAACUCGGAUCUCGAGGUUUCCUUGGUGAAAGAGGCGGACAGCAGGGUGGUGGAACCGGAGAAAAGGCCCCGGAAGAGGGGUCGAAAGCCGGCGAAUGGCAGAGAGGAGCCGCUGAAUCACGUGGAAGCGGAGAGGCAGAGGAGGGAAAAUCUGAAUCAAAGGUUCUACGCGCUUCGUGCGGUGGUUCCAAACGUGUCGAAGAUGGACAAGGCGUCGCUGUUGGGCGAUGCCAUAUCCUACAUAAACGAGCUGAAGUCAAAGCUGAGUGAGCUUGAAUCGGAGAAAGGGGAAUUGGAGAAGCAAUUGGAUUCGGCGAAGAAGGAGCUUGAGCUGUCAACCAAAAAUCCCUCGUUGCCUGCCACGUAUAUAUUUUUAUAAUUUUUUUCAUAUAACUAUUAAACAUGAUGACCCACUUGAUAUUGACAAACGAAGGUUUAAAUCUAUUAAAAACAAUCAUAUACUAUGUUUAUAGAAUUACGCAUAUAACGCGUGUA